GGGUGUUGGGCAUCGCGUUGCUGUACCCACACUGUAGUGCAAUGAUAUGUAACCUUUCAACUUUGGACUUAUUACUGGAAAAUAUACGCGUCCCUCUUUGUUCGUGAUUCUCAAAAAGGGACGAGAGCUGAGUGGGAACAGUUUUAGAUACGAUCAACCAUGACUGAGAGCUUGUGGACACGAUAUCGAUGUGUGUUGAUCCUGGCUGUCUUGUUUCUGAUUGGUGCAUUUGCAGUCAUUUUGGGCGUGGCUCUAGGCGUGAUAGCCAAUCAGAUUGAUGAUACUCAUGAAGGCGUGGUUCAAAGAGUUUUGGAAGAAUAUCCACUGAUAGACGCGCACAACGACUUACCUUGGACCAUUCGCCAAAAAACUAAAAAUAAAGUCUACUCAUUCGAUUUUUACGCCGACACACGACAGUUAUGGCCAAUGACGAUAAACCUUACUGACCCAUCAUUCUCAUAUAUGCCGCCAUGUACAGAUAUACCCAGACUACGAAAGGGCAAGGUCGGAGCACAGUUCUGGUCGAUCUUUACGUCAUGUGAGUCCUCUGGAAAGGAUGCCGUUCGGAUGGGCUUAGACCAGGUUGAUGUCGUCUACAAAUUUGUUCGGCGUUACUCAGACGUUUUUGAGCUGGUCAGAACGGCCGACGGGUUACUCGACGCAUUCCGAAGGAAUAAGAUCGCCAGUGCAAUAGGCCUUGAAGGAGGUCACAUGAUCGGCAACACCCUCGGGGUUCUUCGUAUGCACUAUGAGUUAGGGACGCGUUACAUGACCUUGACCCACAGCUGUGAUACUGACUGGGCAGACAGUUAUUUGGUAGACGUCAAUGAAACAUCAACACGCGGAUUAACAGACUUUGGCAAGAUUGUUGUCAAGGAGAUGAACCGACUGGGAAUGAUGGUUGACCUCUCUCACGUGUCACAUCAGACCAUGAUCGACGCCAUUUUGACGUCGGAAGCGCCAAUUAUCUUCAGUCACUCCAACGUUUUCACCCUGUGUAAUCACUAUAGAAACGUACAGGACGACGUCAUCGACAUGACGAAAGAGAAUGGAGGAAUAAUUAUGGUGAAUUUCUACAACGGUUAUCUGAACUGUGACCCCAAUCAACAGCAAAACACGACAAUUCAAACUGUGGCAGACCAUCUGGACUAUAUCAAGGACAGAAUCGGGGCGGACUUUGUGGGGCUUGGUGCAGAUUUCGACGGGGUCGAAUUGUAUCCCAUAGACCUAGAUGAUACGUCUAAGUACCCUAACCUAUUGUUGGAGCUCCGCAGAAGGGGCUGGACAGAGGUCGAGCUGAGAAAAGUAGUAGGGGAAAACUUCAUCAGGGUGUUCAGGGCAGUCGAGCGGGUGCGGGACAAUUUGAGGGACCAGCCGCCUUAUGAAGACAUCAUUGCCAGGGAGGACAUCCAAGUGGCAGAAUGCACAACAAAUAUCUAGGACAUACAGUGUACCUAUAUUGGUGUACACGUCACUUUGUCCUACUGAAUAACGAAAACAAAUCCAAACGGGAACAACUUUCCAAGAAGAAGGGAAGAGAUGUGCAUGUAACAAACAUUUUAAUGUUACCUCUCCUUACUGUAUCUUUAUAAAUGUUUUUCAAAUUUGUGUUAAACCUGGUUGAUACAGACAAUGUGGAUUUAUUGGAGCAAUCUUGAAUAUUCUACAGCGUUUAUACCAGUAUCCUUAGUACAUAUGAUUGGUUGUUAUUUAAGGAUUAAUUCAUUAGAAAGGUUUAUGGGGAUGAGCAUCGGUUGCGUCCAGAGCUGGUUUAUUUAGGGAGUCGGCAGGGUCUUUAUUUGCUCAAUUUAAUUUUAUGCAUAGUUACUGUAUCAGUGAGUUUAUGUAUAAUGAUUAACAUGUUUCAUACGUGUCAAUUAUGUGUAUUUCUAUAUAAGUAUGCAUGUCACUGGUUGUGUGUAUGUCCAUGUAAGCAAUUAUAUAGAUACAUUUGUAUAUAUGUUAAUAUGUAUUUGCAUACAUGUAUGUAAAUGCGUGAGCAUAUAUACCUGUAAUUUACAAGUGUAAGUACAUGCAUGUAAUUAGUUAAGUAUAUAUAAAUGUAUGUAAUUAAAUAUGUGUUCAUACAUACAUUAUGUUACCGGAAAUGUAUAUACAUUUAUGUAAAUAGUGUAUGCGUGUGUGGAUAUAUGUAAUGUAGGUUUAUUUGUGAAGAGGACUAUAUUACGUAUACAUGUGUGUAUAGUUUAUAAUCAUAUUCAACAAAAUGAAAUUAUUUUUUCAUAUAAAACAACUGUGCUCAUUCACUUACAUUCAAAUCCAACGCAAUGAUGGUGUUUGUUGUUGAAAUAGGGUAAACAUUAUGGCUGUACGUUUACAAUGAAGGCAUACACUAGCGGGAAUCGAACAGCAGCCUUUUUACUAACUCUUCUUUCCAAAGAAAAUGCAUUAUGUGGUCUGAUUACUCGAUUAUAGGGAUCACCUGAACAAAAGCUACAGCUGUGUAUAAUUGUUGCUAGGAGACGAUGUUGGCACCGGGCUAGAACAAUUGUGCGGGUUGUGUAGGAGUCCAAGCGUACUAAUUAAUUUUCUUAGAAGUGAAUCCAACAAUGUCAAACAUGAUAAGAAAAGUGUUUUGAUUAUGUAGUUAUAAAUAUGAAUAUGGUAUAUAUAACAAACGGGUUGAGUGUAUAUGUAAGUGUUGUUUCACAACUGUUAUGUUAAUUGUAAUAUUAUUUGUUAAAAGAUGGAUAUCCGCCGAUUUUUGUUUUGGCAAUAUUUCGAUUAUUUUAAGAUAAAGAAUGUCAUUCUUCCAUUCUCAAAAGAAUCUAAACUUCUGUUUCCAAAGAAAAAGAAAACACUUUGGGAGAGGGCCAUCCAAUUGACUAUUCAGUGUCAGUAAAAUAUGUUCAAAUGAAAGAAAAUUCGAAAUCAUUUGUGAAUUGGCUGCAUGCAGUCGAACUACUGCUGCUGUUUAUACCACGUAUGUCUUUUAAUAGAAAAUUUAAACUACAUUGGUGUGGACGGAUUGUUGUAUUGUUUGGUCUAAACAAGGUAAAACAUCAGUCCUUGGUUGGCUUAUCGCAAGUCGUGAUUGAUUUUUAAGUGAAAUAAACUGCAAAUGAAAUUCAGAAAAGUACAUCAACCAUACAACAUCUUAUCGUUUCAAUCGAACAUCAUUUAUACUUCAAAUCACACGCAUUCAAAUGAUGGUUGUCUCAUAGGUACAAUGUACCGAUUCCAGGCGGAGAAAUUCACGUAGCCUGACAUGUCAAGCAAACAGCUUAUGGAAAGGUCUGAAUGAUUGUCCUCUUUUAUCGAAGUGAAUACGAAUUGGUUUCUAGCCACUUGUAAUUGGAUUUUUUGUUUCGUUUUUGUCAAUGUCAACAUUUAAUCAUCAUUGCGUCUAUCAAUAUGAGUAUUUAAGCAUAAUUGUACUCGCCAUUUAAACAUCAGUGUGACUCUUAAUGUCAAAAUAUUAAAAUGAAAAUAAAGGAUCAAAUGUUUUUAGAAGAUGAA